AUGCUCCGCCGUCAAGCUCGCGAGCGCCGAGAUUAUCUCUAUCGGAGAGCAUUGCUUCUCCGCGAUGCCUCUAUCGCAGAAAAGCGAGCCCAGUUGAAGGCUUCGCUAGCCUCCGGAAAACCACUGGAUCCUUCCAUCGCAGAGGAUAAAAAGCUCCGUGAAGAUUUCAAAUAUGACGAAUCUUUACCUACAUUAGACAGGAAGGAUAAGAAGGAUACCGAUAUGCUAGACCUUGACGACGAAUAUGCCCUCACAUCGGGAAUCGUCGAUCCCCGCCCUAUCGUUACAACUUCUCGAAACCCAUCUGUCCGCCUAGGUGCAUUCGCAAAGGAGAUUCGUCUGCUUCUGCCAACAUCCAUUCGUCUGAACCGUGGUGGUCUUGUUAUCCCGGAUUUGGUAUCUAGCGCAAAUGCUGCGGCGUUAACAGACAUGGUUCUCUUACAUGAACACCGCGGAACUCCUACUGCGAUGACCAUUUCUCACUUACCCCAUGGCCCGACAGCUAGUUUCUCGCUGCACAAUGUCGUUCUUCGUGCGGAUAUUCCAAACGCUGCCCGUGGAACCGUCUCGGAGAGCUACCCCCACCUUAUAUUCGAGGGAUUCAAGUCGAAAUUGGGUCUUCGGGUGGUGCAGAUCUUGAAGCACCUCUUCCCUCCGCGUGAGGCUGGGAAAGUUGGCAACCGUGUCGUCAGCUUCGUGAAUAGAGAGGACAGCAUCGAAGUGCGGCAUCAUGUGUUUGUCAAGACGAGCUAUCGGGACGUUGAACUGGCCGAGGUUGGUCCACGCAUGACCAUGAGAUUGUUCGAGAUCCGUGGCGGAUCGUUGGAGAAGGGCUCCAGUGGUGAUGUUGAAUGGGCUCUUACGCAGUACACCAGAACCAGCAGAAAGAAGGAUUACCUGUGA